AUGGUCGGGUGAAGGGGAAGGAUAUCCCAGCCGGACGUUGUCAUGGACACGCAGCUCUCACUUCCGACAGAGUGAAACAUGGUGGGGAAAAUAAAACAUACUCGGCAGAAGCUGCACCAUACGGCGGUCCGGAUCGGCUCCCAGGAGGAGAAUGUGCCGGCUGUGUCCGAAUACAAGCUCCCUGUAGAUGGGGAGCAGCCCGCGCCAUUGGCAUGGAGCAAGCAGGAGGGAGGAAAGGACUGGGCAUUCUUAUCGCCACAUAUUUUUGCCUCAACAAAGAUUGACCCUAAAGAAUUAACCCAGAAGUUGGACGUGGACACACAAAGUUUGGCAUCAGUUAAAAAAGAGGAGAAAAUUCAACUGCCCAAGAAGGAAAAAGCCAAACAAAGACGGGAACAAUGGUUGCAGAAAAUCGAGACAUUGAAACUUGAUCAGCAGGCUAAAAAGGCUCAGGCCAAGAGAAAAGCUACGCCUGUAGUUGGAGAUAUGCAGCCACUGGUGGAUGCCCUGCCAGAGCUCUCUGAGCUCACUACUCCUCGUAAGCCCAGAGCACCACGGAAGCAGCCAAAAGACGCAGUGAAGAAGAAAAAGCCUGAACCAACGGAUUACAGCAAAAUGAGACCUGCCCAGAAACGAAAAAUGAUUGAGGAAGAAGUUUCUCGUGUCCAGGAGUUGAUCAACGACCCUUCAUACAAGGCCAACCCCCUGUCAGCUGUGUCCGCGCACCUGCUGAAACGUUUGAAAGCUGAGCGAGAAGUCGCACCUAACCUCUGAUGAAGUGGCACAGCGCAUGAACUUGACAUCUGGGAUGUGGUAGAGAGGUCAAGAAACGACCUGCUGCAGGAAAUGCAAGAAAAUGGCAGCAGUUUAAUAAGACAAACUCUUCCACCAAAAUUGGGCUAACACUACAGCCAUGUAUGCAAGAAUGUGGUCACGUUUAUACUGUCAGAAACAUCUGGCAGUGGUUGUUAACACAUGUUGCCUUUUGAAACAUUUAUUACCAAGUAAUUAUCUAUGAGAUGAUCUGUGUCCAUCUGUUUUAUAUCUGAAACCUGGAUUAUGGCAGUAAGGACAUUUGCUUUCAAAAGUUGUCCGCGGUUUCUCAACUCUUUUUUUUUUUUUUUUUUUUUUUUUUUUUUAGUGCACAACUUUUUUAACGAGAACUUCACCUGCUUUUCUGGUGCUGGUUUUAUACUUAACCCCCCACUCCUAACACAACUGCUGGGUUUAACACAAAUAGCAUAUUCACCCAUUCAGUGUUGUCC